GUCCAUCCACAGAAGAAGUGGAUCCUUUGGGUGGGUCAGAUCGAACCCGCAGAACACCGAGCUCGCUCUCGCGGCGUCUCCCAUGGCGGAAGCCGACGCGCAAACCCAGAGCCGCGCCCACUCCUCGACGGCGGCGCCGGUGGCGGGGGAGACGGCCGGCGAACCAGUCGGGUUUCCCCAGAAUGGCGCUAUAAAUGGGGCUCCUUUGAUGUUUCCGGUGAUGUACCCUAUGCUUAUGACGGGUAUGCAUCCUCAGCAGAGCCUGGAUGAUCAGGCUCAGGGUCCAGGGAUCUAUGCCAUACAGCAGAAUCAAUUCAUGGGGAGUACUCUCAUGCCACUCACUUACAGGAUUCCAACGGAAAGUGUCGGUGCUGUGGCUGGUGAAGAGCAAGCACAGGAUGCUAGGCAACAACAUGGCCCUCAGAGACAAGUUGUUGUGAGGAGGUUUCACUUUGCUUUUCAGCUUGACUUGGCCCUGAUCAUCAAGUUAGCAGCAGUUGUCUUUCUGUUUAGCCAGGAAGGAUCAAAACAAAGGCUGUUUCUUCUCAUACUGUUUGCCUCAGUGAUUUACUUAUAUCAAACUGGCGCAAUUACACCUUUACUAAGAUGGCUGCAGCGAGCAGGAGGUGCUGCUGCUCGUCCUCCACAGGCUCCAGCUCGCCCAGAGAAUCGUGCUCCGCUAGCUGCCCAGAAUGAUGGCAAUGUUCAACCGCCUGGGGGAAAUCUUGCAGACCCAGCAAACAAUGACCAAGCUGCAGAGAACCAGGAACCAGGGGCAGCAGCUGCUAAUGAGAACCAGCAAGAAGUCGAUGGAGAAGGGAACAGGCGCAAUUGGCUUGGAGGCGUCUUUAAAGAGGUCCAAUUGAUUGUUGUAGGGUUUGUUGCAUCACUUCUCCCUGGCUUUCAGCACAAUGACUAGAGCUAAUCCCAUCACUGCCUAAUCUUCCAUUGGCAAUGUAACUGUUUAUUGUGAGAUAGGCGUGAACAGAAAAAUGGUACAAAGCAGCACAAAGAAGAGUUUGUUAUAGAACAAAAAAUGGUGGCGUUGUUAAUAUUGUUUUCUUCCAAGUGCUAUUGUUAUAUUUUGUUUCUAAUGCGGCAUGAGUAUAUGACUUGCUGGGAGUUACCACUUUCACUAUCUAGAAUAAUAUGACUAUAUAUGACUUGAAGAACUUGGGUCUUUCCAUGGGCAGAAGUAUGUAUAUUCUGCAGCCGUCAACAGACCGUAUGUAAAAUGUGAUUGAACUGUUUGUAUGUGUUGGUUGUUGAUUGUCAUGUCCUAGCAGAUAUGACCGUAUGAGGUUUGAUUUGCUACUCA